UUCGAGGAGACAAAGAACUUUACCUUAGUUUUCUUCUUCCCCGCGAGUUCAAUCAUCUGCAGAUCAAAGAUUUUAAGGUGAAUUUAAUAUUCAUGGGUGAUGGUCCUCGAGGAAUAGAAGUACUUCCCGAUUACUUCGUAGCGUCGACUUCUGGUUCAGACACUCUUCCAGUCCAGACAUCCUCAGCCAUAAAUUUAAGGUCUCACAGUCAUACGUGGGCUCGACAAAAAAUAAGAAGUGCAACAUCGAUGUUGAAUUUGUUUAGUCUAAAGGGACUGUCUUGGAGAUUAGGCGCAAACGGUCAGGAUAAGGUUGUGUUGAGUGUUGUAGAGGUCGAAUCUCUUCGUUCGGAAAUAGCUGCUUUAGAAGAAAGGGAAUCUCAUUUUAAAGCCCAAUUGGAGCAUAUUGAUGAAAUAUUAAGAUCUGCUCGCCUAUCUGGCUAUCUGUUCUUACGAACGAGAUGGGCGGCAUUACCCGGAGAAUCUCUUCCUAUAGACGAUACCGAAGUUGACGAUUGGCUUCCUCGUUUUAUUGUCCUUCAUGGUUCGUGUAUCUAUUUGUAUAUGAUUUCCACAGAUUUAAGUCCACAGGACUCGACUUUCUUGUCUGAUAUCGUUGAAAUUGGUUCGCUUCCUUGCUUAUCUCGAGAAGAUGGGGAAACUCGGUAUUGCUUUUAUCUAUUAACACGUCAUGGCCUCAGAUACGAGUGCUCCAGCGCAUCUAAAAUUCAGAUUGAUUUAUGGUUGGAAGCACUAAGGGCUGAUUGCAAAUUGGCGUCGAAUUCUGAAUAUCUUAACGAUUCGGCGAAGGCGUAAAUUGUUUCUACGUGUAUAUAUUGUCCAGAUUUGACGUGGUCGUAUUAUUGGCUGAAACUGAAUAUUUGCACCGAUAAUAUUUGGCGUGUAGUGUACAUAUUUCAUUUUUUCCAGCUGGAAGUUAUAGCAAUUUUUUUUCUAGCGACGGUUUUUAACUCGGAUCUUUUUAAAAUAAAAAUUAAAUUCGAGUGUUA